GAGAAAGUUAUUUCCAUCAGUAAAUCUAUGGUGAAGUUAAACAAAAAUGGGGAAAGUGGACAUCCUUGACGGACACCACUUGAGGUUGCAAAAGUAGAUGACAGUUCGCCAUAAGCUCUGACUCGACUAGUAGUGUUCGAGUAAAGAGCCUUUACAAGGUUUAUGUACUUCUGGGGUACGCCUUUCAAUGACAGACACUGCAUAUGUUCUGCAGUAUCCUGAAGGAACAAAUGGCGUAUGAACCAAUUGUUGGUCACUGGCUACUCUGGGACUGCAUCUCCUGACGUUACUCCAUUGCCUUGUGGAUCAAAGGCUCGGAGAGUGACCACCUAAGAAGACCACUUCCUUCGGUUCGGGCACCCGGACAGUAUCCAAGCCCUCACACAAAUCGAAUGAUUUAUUUGGUGCUUCCUUAUUCCAGUGUUUAUGUAUUUAAAUGAAAUUAAUUGAUAAAUAAUAAGCCUUUUUUGCGGCAUUCUCGAGGAAGCGGGGUUCUGUUCCUUAGUUGGAUACCUAUCGAUAGUCGUUUAUACGCUGUCCGACCAUCUGUCAUGGUAAAAACUCGAGAAUAUCAGGACUCCCACUACCUAGUUGUCGUUUGUUUAACUCCCCACUAAAUUUAGCCCUCACGAAAAAGAAUGAUAUAGAACUUUAUAACCUCAUCCACAAUGCUUCAAACAUGAAGUAGGAAAGUAAAAGACGUGAGUAAACUAUAUAUUUGGUUAUUAAUAUCUUCGGUGGGUUGUUUGCGUACCUGUUUAUCUUCAAUAACACAUGUUGGCAUCUUCCGGUCUUCAUUGUCUUAAAAAAUAAUUGUGCACUGUUCAUGCACUUUUUUAUGUACACUAGUUACAUUUAUUGCAUAAACCUUUUCGGAAAUUUUUUUUCGAAAUAAAGUUUGUUAACUUUACGUUUUCGGUUGAUUUUUCAGAUAGCUGUUCAUUCCAUAAGUAGAUGUAAGUAAAUCAUUGAUGGAUUUCUUAUCCUCCGUGACCGUAUUUAUAUCAGAUGUGUGUAAUAAUGCUGAAAGCAUUAACUUUGAGGAUAUCAUAGAUGAAUAUGAAACAAAAAGUGCCUCCUUAAUCAGACCCUUAUUCAAUGUGGAUGAUGAUUGUUAUGUGGGCCUCACGGGUGAUGGACCCUAUAGUUCCUGCAUCAGCCCUGAUGUCAAUAAGUCUCCGAAACUACAGGAGUCAUCAUCAGUAUACCCGAAGUUAAUUAACUUUGUCUAUCCUUCAGAAGACGAAACCAAAGCACAUUGCGAUACAGUAUAUAUAACAGCUUCUACAUCUGUGAACAAACCAAUAGACCUUACUAGUCCAGACUUCGAUGAUAGUUUUACUGGGUUUGACUUUACUCAAAUUAUGAAUGUUUCCGAAGUUACUAGUUGUAAAAGUGUCGACUUUAGUUUAGAUUCACAUUUAACUAGUUUCAAGACAGGUAAAGGGGAUUCUGUGACUUUGACGAAUUCAUCAUCUCUGAAGUUUGCUCGAACACUUGUGGACUCGUUAAACAUUUGUGACGAUGAUGUGAAUGUGGAGAAGAGUCAUGAGAACCACGACUCACAUUUCACUGGCUUCAAGACAGGUAAAGGGGAUUCUGUGACUUUGACGAAUUCAUCAUCUCUGAAGUUUGCUCGAACACUUGUGGACUCGUUAAACAUUUGUGACGAUGAUGUGAAUGUGGAGAAGAGUCAUGAGAACCACGACUCACAUUUCACUGGCUUCAAGACAGGUAAAGGGGAUUCUGUGACUUUGAUGAAUUCAUCAUCUCUGAAGUUUGCUCGAACACUUGUGGACUCGUUAAACAUUUGUGACGGUGAUGUGAAUGUGGAGAAGAGUCAUGAGAACCACGACUCACAUUUCACUGGCUUCAAGACAGGUAAAGGGGAUUCUGUGACUUUGAUGAAUUCAUCAUCUCUGAAGUUUGCUCGAACACUUACAGACCCUUCCAUUUCUGGUGAUGUUUUCGUAAAGCUAGAAAAGUGCUACGAGUCUUAUGAUUACAAUGCCCAUAAUGUCAAAGAUAAUUUAUUACUGUCUGAGGAACAAAUUGCUGAGGUGCAUGAUGAUUUUGGGGACUCAUCUCAUAAUUAUAUUGACUCAUUUAAUGGAUGUUUUGAUACUCAAUUUGACUUACCAUUUGAACGUUCUGAAGGUGGUAUUCACAUGAUGGAAAUUAAUAUAUCAUUAGAUGUGGAACGUGAAAAAGCACGGGUUGACCAACAAAAUCUAAUUGCACAUAAUCAAUCAAUUCCAUCACCCAGUCAACAUGUGCUCUCUACAUCUGAUACUUCAUUGAAUACUACAUUAUAUGGACUAUUGUGGAAUAUACGUAGAAGAUAUUAUGGAACUGAGAUAUUAAAUUCGACAAAUGACCAAUCACUUUUAAAAUGGAAAGUAUUACUUGCUGACUAUGCCAAUCAUCAAAAGUUAUCUGUUUCUUCUGCACCACUUUACUUACCGAAAUAUUUAAAGUUUUCAAAUGAUACUCAUAAUAAAUGGUCUUUACAAACUGCAGAUAAACUUUACUGGUUACUGGAUAUGAAGCAUAUUAUAGAUACAAAAUGUGAGAGCAGUCUUCCUAUUUCUUACAAAUUCCAUGAUUUUAUUUUGAUUCCUGAUAAGUUUGGAUGUGUUGGCAGACAAGAAAUUAUCAAUUCAUUUUUGAGCUGUCGUAGAAUUUGUUCAAAUGUAAUUACCCGUGGUUGGAUUGAAAACCAUUACUUACAAAUAAUGUGGAAAGUUGGUACAAUUGCUUUACUUUACAGUGAUUUAUGCGCGACGUUACUUAGUGACUAUUGUGCACCGAUUCAUGUCCUAAAUGAAUUACGCUAUCGUUAUGAUCGUGAAAUAGAAACUUGUCAAAGACCAGCUCUUCGAAAAGUCAUCGAACAAGACGAUACACCGGCGCGGCGUCUUAUCUUGUGCGUCAGUCGCAUAGAUGUUUUUGACCAAUGUGUAAAGGCUUGUCUGACAGAUGGCUGGUAUCAAAUUGCUUGGCAUCCAGAUCCCAUGCUUACAACACUGAUUACUUCUGGCAAAAUUCGUGUUGGUUCGAAGUUAGUAACUGCUGGUGCUGAACUAGUCGUAACCAGUCCAUCAUCUACUAACAAUCAGCCUAAAAGGAAGUGCUCUUCAGGUGAUGAGCGAAUUGAUGAAUUUAAGCAUUUAUAUGGAGAUGACGGUGUAGCUGUUGGAAUGGCUUUGAAGUUGCAUGGAAAUUCUACACGACCUGUUUCUUGGUGUUCACGCCUAGGAUUCACUACAAAACAACCAAGUUCGGGUGCUGGCUUGUAUCCAGUUCCUCUAUGUACUCUCAGUUCAGAUGGAGGUAUCUGUAGCUCAAUUCGAGUAGUAAUCCAACGUCGAUAUUCCCUACAAUAUAUGGAGACAUUAGAGGUCCCGGAACAAAAUGCAGAUACAUCAACUCUUUUGACACGUACAAAUUCUGGUUCAGAUGAACUGUCUUCAAAGUUUCGUUUAAAUCGCCGUCGAAUUUUUCGCAGUGAACGGGCUGAGGAGGCGGAAGUUAGACUAUAUGAAGCGCGCAGACUCAAAGUUAUUGACAGAGCCUUGGAUAAACUUGUAGUUGAUAAUCCAAGCAAACGUCGAAUUCAACCUACACAUGAACAAUUAAUAGCUUUGGGUAAUGAUGGUGAAGCAUUGUUACAAGCAAUUCUAAAUGCUCCAGAUUCUAUGGAAGCUGAAUCUAAUUUAACUCAAGUACAACGUGAUGCUAUACAACAUUAUAAAGAGUCUAUCAUUCAUGAUGCAAUUAUUGAAAAUGUCCCACCUAGACAGAUUACUCCUCUUUUGCGUUUAAGAGUUUCAGGAAUUCAUCCUAGAGAUAUUGCUAGUGGUUAUAGCGCUUUGAUUACUUUAUGGAGUCCAACGGAUGAAAUGUUAUCAGUUUUGAAAGAAGGAGAGAUUGUUGAAUUUUAUCGUUUGCAAGUGUCGGCUACACGUGCAAACGAUCCAUUUGUAUCUCCAUCAACUGUUCCAGGAUUUAUCAAACCUAUAGGCGUUAAUAUACCUUCUGGUUUUGUAUUAAGCCUUUCUGGUGGUCGUACAACACGCAUUUUAUCAUUAGGUCAUAUUUCCAACUUGAAAGGAAUUGUUUCUAUUGAUAAUAUUUCUCGUGUAUAUCAUCCAAGAGUAAAAUUAAGUGUUUCUGAAGCCUAUCAAACGAUUAUUCAGGCGGACAAAUCUACGAGUUCAUUUAACAAAGGAAAUCGUGAAGUUGAUUUACGUUGUUUGAUUAUAGCAAUUUAUCAUACUCCAGUGCAUUCGAAUCCAUCUUACAAAAGCUAUCCAUCUGAUGUUAAACAACAGAUGGACCAUCCAAGAACAAUCGAUACUCCUUUCAAAUAUCCUUCUUCUGAUGUCGAUUGCGUUUAUGCAGUGGAUGCGAAUUGUAAAUCAGAAACAUGUUUAUCUGUGAUCAAAUUUUGGGAUGGUUUACAGGCUCUUCAUUUAAUGGACAUAGUUCAAAUUGGUCGUGUUUUAUGUUUCACCGACUUGCAGUUACGUCAUUGUCAAACAAUUACUGCAACGUCUAAAUUAAAUAAUCAGCCUUCGCGUAAAAUUCCCCUUCUUACUUUACAUUAUACAUCUGCUAGCAAUGUUACAGUUGAAAAACCAAUCGGUCGACGUUCCAGUCGUACUGCAUCAACUGAGUCAGAUCCUACUGUUGUAUCCUGUUUACAACAAGUUUUAAAGGACUUUCUGUUUUCAAAAUCAGGAUAUGAAAUAGAUUUACAAAUAUCUAAUUCUCCUUUGAAUCAUAGCAAAUCCUUAACUUCUGCAUCGAAUACAUCACACUCUACUGGUGUUGGUUUGUCAUCAUUAUUACGUGGUUCUAUUGGUCGUGCACAAUCAACUCCUGUUCACAAUACAAUAGAAACUCCAAAAGUUUCCACUUCACUCGAAAAUUCUUCCUCUAUUUUGAAUAUAACUUGUCCAUCACCAACUGAAUCAAUGCUUAAACAAGGUCUUCCACUUAAAGAACAAAAUUUUACUCCAAUUAAACGAUAUCUAUCAACAACUACUACUGACUGUGAACAAUCUUUAAACAAUAAUAUACCAAAAACUGCUACUUGUUCUUAUAUUCGAACCCUUCCUAAUCGAAGUGCUUCGCGUACAGGUCUUUCACGAAGAACCCGUUCUCGUUCUAGUAUCCCUGGACUAAAAAUUUCGUCUACAUCUGUAUCAGAUAAAUCUAUUUCUCACGAAAUAAAACAAUCCGAGAUCGUUGAGAUUACAAAGUCACCAACUUCUGAUAUUAUUCACCCGCUACUUAUUCCUGAAGAACCGUGUUUUACUCCUGAGCCUAAAGCUAAACGUCCUCGCGGUUCCCAACGUAGUAAUAAAUGUGAUAAUUCAUUAGAACUUUCUAAUAAUAAAGAUAUUUCAGAAUGUAUUCAAUCACCUAAGGAUAUUUUGAAUAGUUCAGUGGGUGAAAAAGAAAAUAUAUCGUUGUCCGAUCCAUUUAGAAUAAAAACUCCUCCUUACAAUUCAGAAAUGUCAUCUAAUUCACAGCUUACAAAUGAUUCGUUUGAUAACUCUGACAUGAGUAUUGCAGAUCUAGUGAAAACACGUCAACGUCGUCAGUCACGUUCAUCUCAACCUAUUACCGCCACAUCACCAACGCAACAUUCCACACCAAUUAUAUCUAAGAACCGAUUAUCAUUGAAAAGAAUUUCGAAAUAAUGCAUUUUUGCUAUUUCAUUUUUAUCAUUUAUUAUUGUUGUUUCUCCAUUUCUCCUGGCAUUUACUCAAUUAUUCAGUGUUUCAAUAGAAAUGUCACCAGUUUCCCCUUUAUUAUUGUUAUUAUUUGCCUUUGAGUUUAAUUUCCGUAGUUAUUUCACUUUUUACAUUAAACAGAAGUGGAGAUAUUGCAAAUUGUCAUUUAAAAAGUCAGUUAUUUUCUGAUAGUUAUUUUUUUUUAAAUUUUAGUUUACUCUUGGACUGUUAAGUUGAAACAGUAAAAAGAUGAUAUAGUAGCUUGUUC